CACACCAUGUGUAAGCUGAUUCUUUAAGCACGGUUAUCAUAUUUUGAUAACAGUCAUGUUUCUCAGUCCCCUACUUUCAUUUAACAUUAGUGAGGACACAUCCGUAUAGCUUUUGUUUCUCCGAGACAUACUGGAAUAGGUUUAUUAUUAAUACCAUUGCAUCAUGCAUUCCGACUUUGGGAAGUUGUUUCUUCUGAUGAUACUUGGGGUGGUUUUUGCAGAAGUGCUGUGUGCUACCAGGUCUUGUUAUCCCAGUCAAAACACGGAGGAGGAAGCUGAGGGCGAUGAAGAACUGUCGAAGUACGAAACCAUCUUUGUCGAGGAGUACCUGAAGAAGUACAACAAGAAACUCAAAGGAGUCAAAUGUGAGAACAGCCCCUAUAAGACGUUCAAUCGUUUGAACAAUAAUGGGCACAUCCCACUGAGUUGUGGGCGGUGCUUAGUUCACGAGGUCAAUGUGAAGGCUAUCGCAGCCCAAAAGUGUGAAGGACUGACGCCCCAGCUGCUUAUAGGGAAGACAAAUUGUGCAUUCAAGAACGAGUGCAAGUUAGAAUACACUCCGUCCUUUCUGUUCAUGAACACCAAAGAGCCAUCGUGCUUUUUGCAAGUUCCCAAAUCCUUGCAAGUUAGCUACUCCUGUGUAGACCCUGGGUUUACUUUCGACCAACGUGACGCUCUGAAGAUUUUUGAAGACACUCUCAAGCAGUGCAGGAAAAGCAAAAUUAAAGAUCUGCCAGUGUUCCACGUCGUGAAGCCUAUAACGUCCAAUCACGAGAGAGGAAUUAUCCGCAGUCACCCGCAGUUCCCAUGGAAUUACCAGCUACCACGGAGGCUUUUAGGCAGGUGUGACAUACACGGUUUGGGCACGCCACCGGCGUCUUGGGUGUCCACCUACAGAAAGUUGGUGGCUGUAGGAAUCAAGACGAAGAUUAGAGUCUGGAUCAAGCAGCUGUCGUUAUUCAAAGGCGACACGUUGAGUUUUAUCACAGAUGACGGCCAACAGCAGAAAGACGUUGCUAAAGGAAGACCUUACAACUUCACCACUCGUGAGCUCACGGUUAAUUUCACAGUCAAAGACACUCACAGAGGGACGUCUAACGGCUUUGAGAUAUGCUACCAAUGGUACUCGACGGAGAGAGAAGUGCGCCACGAUCUGUGCCAAGAUUUUUCCUUGAAAGUGGAUAUCUGCAAGAAGCGCUUGAAAAAACAGCUGCCACGACAGUGCCGGCCCUCCAAAUCGGGAAAAGGACGAAAGAAGGCAAACAAAAAGAAAAAGGGAAAGAAAGGGAAAAAAGGGGGAAAAAGGGAAAAAAGGGAAAGGAAAAAAGCAAAAAGGGCUGAAAAGCAAAGAAAAGAGGCAAAAAACGGCGUAAAAAGAGAAGCAUAAGUGAAAGCAUAUCAUGUUAUAAAACUGCAAUAUUAUUAUCUUACUCUUUUAAGUUUAUUGCAUUAAUAAGUUUUAAAAAAUAGCAGGGUAUAAUCAUACUAGUAUUAUAUCAUUCUUGUUAAAUGUUUACAAUGUAACAUACCAAGAUUCAGUUAUAAUGAUAUGAAUAUUGAUUGCUUAAUAUCAAUACACAUCUUUGCAAUGCA